AUGGAGGAUAUUUUCAAAAUAAAGCAAGGACAUUCGAAGCUACUCAGAGAAUUUGUAGACAGAUUCCAGCAUGAAAGGAUGAUGUUGCCACGUGUACCUGAUAACUGGGCAGCUAUGGCUUUUGCCAGUAAUUUAAAUGAGAAAAGUUCAGAAGCCACGAGACGACUUAAGGAAAGUCUACGUGAAUUUCCAGUAACCACUUGGAAUGAUAUUUACAAUAAAUACAUCAUGAAUUUGAGGAUAGAAGAAGAUACCAUUUCUCGGUCUCAAAAAGAGGAGAGGGUAAGUUCGAGACGUGCUGAAACUGAAAAAAGGUCCGAUAAAAACAGAUACGAGCCCUACAUGGGACCAACAGGAAGAAACUCACGUUCAAAGCAGGAUAACUCAAGGUACGAUCAUAGAUCGAGAGAUAGAGAGUCAGGCUCAUCAUCAAGGUUUGGAAAAGAGCAAAAUGCACAAGAGACGCGAGAUGAUGAUAAAGGCUCGAAGGCAAAAUUUGGCGAUUACAAUUUCAAUGUAAGCACAUCAGAGUUAGUAGCAGUAUUGAGAAGCAUGGGUGAUAAGGUGCGGUGGCCAAAGGAAAUGAGAUCAAACCCGAAUAGGCAAAAUCCUGAUUUUUGGUGCGAGUUUCAUAACGAUCAUGGUCACAAAACGGCAGAUUGUAGAUUACUGCAAGGUGAAGUUGACCAUUUGUUAAAACAGGGAUAUCUAAUAGAAUUGUUUAGUGAAAAAGGUAGCUUCGUGAACAUCAUUUUGCUAAGAGUGUUAAAUGAAAUACAAGCUGAAGAUAAGCUGAUACCCAAGGCGCAUACUUUAUCUGAUUUUGACAAUUCAAGCGUUGUAACAAAAGGGAAGGUAAUACUCACAGCAUUUGUAGAAGGAGUUGUCAAAGAUACAAAAUUUCAGGUGGUAGAGAUGGAUAUGGCUUAUAAUAUGAUUCUCGGUAGAUCAUGGAUUCACGAAAUGGAUGUUGUGCCAUCUACCCUACAUCAAGUUAUUAAAUUCCCUUCACGAUGGGGAAUACGUCAAAUCCGCGGUGAUCAACAGACAUCUAGGAGCAUCAACUCCGUAGAAGAUUCAAGCGCAAAAAAUGAAGAAAAAUAG